AAGAGCACAUAAUCCUGCACUCUGAGAGGCAGUUCGUGAGAGUGAGAGCGUGGUUUGUUGGUUUGUAGCUGCCACGCUAUGAAAAAGGAAUGGCUUGAUUCACUAUGAGGUCCCGAGGAAGGAGCCAGAAACAGUGAUCUCUCCCACCUCACCGAGAAAGGCAGCAGCUGAAUGACAAAGUAGAUAGGGAAAAGGGAACGGUCCUCUGUGGAAAGGGACUUCCAGGUAUCUCCUCCAGGCUGACUCUAGAGGAUGAUUUUAGAAGAAACGGAAUACAUAUAUUAAUACAGCCUGUUCCCCAGGCCAGGAGUCUGUGUGGGUUAAUGUCCAGCUACCAAGGGGGCUGUUUUCUUUCAUAUAAUGAGCUGUGCCCACCUAGUCACCCUUUUAGGGGAUAUUGGCAGUGUGGUGAUCUCCUGAUCUGUGCUCCUGUAUCUCCCACACUGUAGUCAGACAACUUGUCCUAAGUCUGUCUUCUCCCUGGAUUGCGAGCACCUGAAGGGCAGCGACACACCUGGUGCUUGUUGAGUGGCUUCCUCAUAAGUAGUCAUUGAGCAGAACUGAGCCGUGGUGGAAGAAGAAAAGCACUGCUGCUGACCAUGCAAUGGAGUCCAAAGAAGCUCUCCAGGCUUCAGAAGAAGAAAAUCCCUCCUCUAACAACUUUGAUGUUUCCUUUACGUCUGUCUACAGCUUCAGUGAUGACUUAGGCUACCAAGGGAGCCAGGAGUUCACCACUGAAGAAGAUCCCAGCCUCCUUAAGUCCAGGAGGCAGAAGCGGAAGAAGGCUUCCAUUCUUCAGAUGAGGAGACAUGAGGUGAAAGAGGAAGAUGAAGAGGACGAGGAUGAGGCAGAGGGGCCCCCUACCUCUUUGCAAUCACCUAGGACAAAAGCUUGGCACCGUCCACAUUCAGGGAUCCCCCAACUGAAGCACAGGGAACAGUUGGGCAUCUUGGAAAGUAGCUUGAGCUUGAGCUCGAGCUUAUCCAGCACCAGUGAGGCCAAGUGGUCCUGUGGGAGUUUGGCCACAUUUUGUCAAUACUUUUCCAGCUGCUGCCCCAGGAUGCAGAAGUCAGUGGAGGAAACUAAGGCGUCAGACACUGAAGGAAGCAAGAGCCAGAGUAAGAUCGUCUGUCACAAGCUCCAUUAAUGGUGAUGGUCCAGAGUGUUAAGAGGCUCCCAGGAAAGAUCUGGACAGAAGCCAGGAUAACAGAGUGUAAUCCUUCAGCUUAAAAAUAAAGCAAAUUUUAUUUUUGUGAA